AUGUAUCUAUCUAUCUAUGCCUGCUCACAAUCUAUCUAUCUAUCUAUCUAUCUAUCUAUCUAUCUAUCUAUCUAUCUAUCUAUCUAUCUAUCUAUGCCUGCUCACAAUCUAUCUAUCUAUCUAUCUAUCUAUCUAUCUAUCUAUCUAUCUAUCUAUCUAUCUAUGCCUGCUCGCAAUCUAUCUAUCUAUCUAUCUAUCUAUCUAUCUAUCUAUCUAUGCCUGCUCACAAUCUAUCUAUCUAUCUAUCUAUCUAUCUAUCUAUCUAUGCCUGCUCACGAUCUAUCUAUCUAUCUAUCUAUCUAUCUAUCUAUCUAUCUAUCUAUCUAUCUAUCUAUCUAUCUACGCCUGCUCACAAUCUAUCUAUCUAUCUAUCUCAGCUCAUACAUAUUUAAUUAUUUUUUUUUACAAUUACUCGUUAAGUCUUUUAUCUUCGUCUUCUUUAUUCAUUUCUUUCUUUCUUUCUUUGAUUCUGUCUUUCUUUCUUUCUUUGAUUCUUUCUUUCUUUCUUUCUUUCUUUCUUUCUUUCUUUCCGUUACAUCCUUUCCAACCCACAUCCUGUCAUCCACCGCACCCUGUAUCUAUCUAUCUAUCUAUCUAUCUAUCUAUCUAUCUAUCUAUCUAUCUAUCUGUAUAUGCGCAAAAUGGCUAGAAUCGUUCAGUGACCAUGAUGUAAGCGCGUGUGUGCUAGAACGGUUCAGUGACCAUGGUGUAUGCGCACGAGUGCUAGAACCGUAUAGUGACCAUGAUAUAGGCGCGCAAGUGUUAGAACCGUUCAGUGACAAUAAUGUAGGCGCGCGAGUGCAAAGAGCGUUCAGUGACCAUGAUGUAGGCGCGCGAGGGCUAGAACCGUCCAGAGACCAUGAUGUAGGUGCGCGAGGGCUAGAUCCGUUCAAUGACAAUGAUGUAGGGGAGAAAGGGCUAGAAUAUUUCAUUGACCAUGAUGUAAGCGCGUGUGGGCUAGAACCGUUCAGUGACCAUGGUAUAGGCGCACGAGUGCUAGAACCGUAUAGUGACCAUGAUAUAGGCGCGCAAGGGCUAGAACCGUUCAGUGAUAAUGAUGUAGACGCACGUGCGCGAGGGCUAGAACCGUUCAAUGACAAUGAUGUAGGCGCGAAAGGGCUAGAAUCGGUCAGUGACCAUGAUGUCAGCGCGUGUGUGCUAGAACCGUUCAGUGACCAUGGUGUAGGCGCACGAUUGCUAGAACCGUAUAGUGACCAUGAUAUAGGUGCGCAAGGGUUAGAACCGUUCAGUGAUAAUGAUGUAGACGCACGAGGGCUAGAACCGUUCAAUGACAAUGAUGUGGGCGCGCGAUGGCUUGAAUCGUUCUGUGAACAUGAUGUAGGCGCGCGAGGGCUAGAACCGUUCAGUGACAAUGAUGUAGGCGCGCGAGGGCUAGAACCGUUCAGUGACCAUGAUGUAGGCGCGUGA